AUAGCAUUUGAUGCUUUCUAUCAAUUAACAUCACCAUCUCCUUGUCUAUUUUUGGUUACUGCUUUCUCAUUUGUGUCUCUUCACUGCGGCUUUAGCAACAGAUUGUCUGUCAAUAUGGCACAAUUCUCAGACCGAUACUCAUCGACGAAGGAUUCGAAGCAUCAAUCAUCUCAUGAUUCAAACCUUUUCGAGCCUGCAAUUAAUACUACUGAUACGGGAGUAUCUGGAAUAGGGCGUCUCCCACCUCAUGUUCAUGAAAUGUUGAACCAUGCCAGUGCGCAAUUGGCUUCCCAUAAUCAAAAGACCCUCGAAUCUGGAUAUGAAAAUAAAAUCACCAGGAUGGGCUCUUUGAAAGCAAUAACCUCCCAAGGAAAUUACAACACACUUGAUAUUCGCCGUGGAAAAUUGGAUUUUCGUGCUGACCACGGGACAGUUCCACGUAUCACUGCAGCUGGCUCUGGAUACACCUAUGCUCAUGCCCCUAAAACGCGUUUUGGUGACCAGCAGUCCGAUCCUCAUCGCAAGAAGCAAAUCCAAAUUAACUAUCUGGACAGCUUGGCUUCACGGACCCCUACACCAGGUUCCCUUCACGGUGAACUGCAAGCCAAAGAAAGCCUGCGAGUUAUACUUACCAAGGUUGCACAAGAGGCACUUGAAAAGCAUGCCCUGAAACAUGGCUAUACUGUGGGACCUAAAGCCAUUGAUCUCAAAUGCUUCGGCAGUCUACGCAAUGGAUUCAUUCUACCCAAUACCGACCUUGACCUGAUGGUGAGAAUGCAUCAAUCAUCUUUUCCCAAAGAACUUGAAAAGGAGUGUUCGCAGAUUCUCGAGAGUGCGUUCCUAGAUGCUGGGUUCGGUGCUUACUUGUUGCCCGAUACUAUGACCCCUAUCAUCAAACUGUGUGAGAAGCCUUCUCAAGAAUUCUUGAAUAUAAUGGAAGAAGAGCGUGAAAGACGUCAAACCCAAAAAACGCACCAGCCCGGUUACCCCAGUGAAUCUUAUUAUCCGAACCGAAGUGCUUGGUGUUUGUCUGGUACACUGCGUUCCCGCCAUAAAACAGAUUAUUCUGGAAUUUCGCAGACAGGGGUGGGUAUUCGUUGCGAUAUCAACUUCUCUGGGCGCCUGCCUCUAUACAACACAGAGCUGCUCCGUUGCUACGCCCUUUGUGACGAGAGGGUACGCCUCAUUGGUGUUUUUGUUAAAAUGUGGGCAAGAGCUCGAAAGAUCAAUGAUCCAUACCGUGGAACCAUGUGCUCAUACGGAUACAUUCUUAUGGCCAUACAUUACCUCAUGAAUGUUGCCAAUCCACCGCUGGUACCUAAUCUUCAGGCGGUACCGCGAUCAUUCCCCGGGCACGUGGAGGCCACAAACAUAAAUGGAUAUGAUGUUCGUUUCUUGAAUGAUGAGUCUGAGCUCAGGGCAAUCUCCAAGCGCAAUAGGCUUUCUGGUAACCAGCAAUCUGCUGGCGAACUUCUCCGCGGUUUCUUCGCAUAUUAUGGGAGCCGAGGAAGCAGUUCGCCACAGGGUAGCUUUCACUGGGCCAACAAUGCGAUUUCAAUUCGGACCCAAGAUGGUAUCAUUCCAAAACACGAGAAGGGCUGGCACACCGCCAAGACUGAUCGCAACGGAAAUCGACUCAGAUUUCUACUUGCCAUAGAAGACCCUUUCGAGCAUGAGCAUAAUAUCGCGGCCACAGUCACCGAGGCAGGAGUUGGCGCAAUCAGAGCAGAGUUCAAUCGUGCCCAGACCAUUAUAAAUCGCAUUCAAGAAAUACCUGGAGUUGGAUGGGAAUGGCGCACAGAUGAGGGCGACGUAGGUCAAGACCUCCUCGCAGAAACACAAGACCUGUCGAGCUCCUCCCGUCGGCCCAUAAACCUGGGGUCUCACACUUCUACAGGACCAAGGCACCUAGAUUGCGUGCCCGAACUUUGCACUGCUCAAAUGGACAACAAUCCUGGUGGUAGAUCCAUGUCGAAGUCUUCCGGUUUCGAUGGCGUCAUACCUGGAUCGCACUCGAGGUGUGCAGAGUCCGGCUCUGAAAAUCCUGCGAAAUGCGCGCAUCGCGAUACUUUCCAUCUUCGAUCUUUUGAUCAUUGCGGUAAUGCUACUAUCGGCGGACCUAAGUGGGUUAUAGAGAAACAUGACGAUGCAUCUGGUCUUACCAUGUCUCCGGCUUCAACUAUUCGUUAUGGAGGUAGCCCCUUGAUGCAUCUGUCAGUCCCCUCGAUUACAGAGAAUGGACAAGCAGGACAAGAGCUCCGACGACCCGCCGAUUUGGCUACCAAAGCCACGCGGGGCCCCAAAUAUACGCAAGAAGCUCAGGAUAUCAACUUUUUGGGUGCUAGAUUACAGUCUCCGGGUCGGUUCCUGGCCUCCCCCUCUCAGACUGAGAUUAUGGGUUUUGGAAGUUCAGGGUUUGUCAUGGAUGACCACAAGCCCAUUGUGCAAGCAUUGAAAAGCGCCCCUAAAGUUCAGCAGCUGAAAGUACCACCCACAUCUCAGUUUCGCGGAAUUUCCCUUGACUUAAGACAAUUCCAUGGACCAGGUGCUAUUCGCGAUAGGCGCGCUGCUUCCAAGCACGGGCCAACGGAUUUCUUGAAUCCUAGCCCUAAUGAUAACGUGGCCGUUGCUUCCAAUACCGAAAGUGCCUGUCAAGUAGAUGACCUUAGAAAAAGCGAGCUACUAGCCAAUCUUCCGUUUUGUGGUUGAUGCUAUACAUUCGAUCAUGGCGCAACUCUAUCGCGAUCGCGCUUAGCAGCUUUUCUAAGGAUUACCUUACAUUUGAUGAGAUCAACAGAAAACUGGAAAGAUGACAAUGGCUGGCACCGGAUUUGGACUUCUGUCACGGAGAUAUUCAAGUUGUCUUUAUUGCGGCGUUUCUACUAAUAUUAACCCAUUCCUAAAAUUAUAGACACCUUUAAUACGAC